CUCUGGGCCUCCUGUUCCUGUGGUAUCAGCACAGGUGGAGAGUACCCAGGGCCACCCCAGUGACAGAGAAGACUGCCUCCAGGUUCCUCCAGGAUUAUCUCCUCCACCCGCAUCACAAACCAGCAGGUUCUUGUUUUUGGGGGUGAAUUCAGUUAAUCUGGGACUGAAAUCGGACAUAUGGACGUCUUUUUGUGCAUCAAGGAUGAGUUUGUGAAACAGUCAUUAACAGAAAGAAGAAUAACUGGCUAUCACAAAAAUAUCAACUGAUAUGUGGGGAUCAUCCCCAGACUCUGGACUUUAAACUUAAACGGCAACAAACACACAGACGGACGGAGCGAUCACUUCAGCUGUGGACCCAAAGACCCAGCCUGACGCACGGAGACGGACAGACAGACAGACAGUCUGAUGCCAACUGUCUCCACUGUCAAUCUCACGGCACCACUCCUCCUCCUGUUGCUAUGGGCAACCCACCCCACCAUGGCAACCAAUUGGCUCUCCCUGGCGAGGCUGCCCCGUUCCCGGCCUGUGUCUGGUGCUGCCCCAUGUGCACGGCUGAGGGGGCUGACCCCAGGCCAGGUGGGGGUGUGCAGAGCACGGGGGGAGGUCAUGGAGUCUGUACGCAAGGCAGCAGAGAUGGUCAUAGAAGAGUGCCAGCACCAGUUCAGGAAUCGCCGCUGGAAUUGUUCCAUCACCCCACGUGGGAUCAAUGUAUUUGGCAGAGUGAUGAACCAAGGCACUCGUGAGGCAGCCUUUGUGCACGCUCUGUCCUCAGCAGCUGUGGCGGUUGCGGUGACCCGAGCCUGCACCCGUGGGGAGCUGGAGAGGUGUGGCUGUGACAGGAAGGUCAGGGGGGUCAGCCCGGAGGGUUUCCAGUGGUCAGGGUGCAGUGACAACCUGUCCUAUGGUGUGGCUUUCUCUCAGACAUUUGUGGAUGAACCGGAGCGAGCCAAGGGGUUGUCAGCAGGCCGGCCGCUCAUGAACCUCCACAACAACGAGGCGGGUCGAAAGGCCAUCCUUCAUAACAUGCAGGUUGAGUGUAAAUGUCACGGUGUGUCUGGGUCCUGUGAGCUGAGGACCUGCUGGAAGGUCAUGCCCCCAUUCAGGCGUGUGGGCGUUGUGCUCAAGGAACGUUUUGAUGGAGCCACAGAGGUCCGCCUGACACGUAUAGGCUCCAGGACAGCCUUGCUCCCCCGGGACUCACAGGUCAAACCCCCUGCUGCCAGAGAUCUUGUGUAUCUUGCACCCUCCCCAGAUUUCUGCCGUCUUGACCCUGAAAAUGGUAUUCCUGGGACUGCAGGUAGAAGAUGUAACGGAACGUCUCGGCUGGCACCAGAUGGUUGCGAGCUGGUGUGUUGCGGGCCAGGCUACAAAGCAGGCCGGGCUGAGGUGGUGCAGCGCUGCUCCUGCAAGUUUUCCUGGUGCUGCUCGGUGCGUUGCCAGCAGUGCAAGAAUACGGUCACCAUUCAUACCUGUAGAGUGUAAGAAUUCCUAACAAGGCCUGACCAAAUGAGCCCAGAUCCUAACCAACCACCAGACAGACACCGCUGGACACAGCGCGGGUUAACUUUGACACCAAAUUAUCGUAAUUAUUGUCCAAAGCAGCCUUUCUUUGUCCACGUUUUCCCUUAGAGAAGUGAAACUGCAGUUUGGUUUGAUUGUUUUCUUGUAAAAGCUGCAAAAUUAGAACUAAUGUAAAGACAAAGCUCCAUCGGGAAGUACAAAAAAAAAAGUCUGCUCAGCUUUUAAACUGCUCAAAAUAUUAAGACAGACAAACUGACAGGCACAGACAUGCAUACAGGUGUAGGCAUGAACACACACAAACACAGCAGUUAAUCACACGCUGAACUGACAAAGCUUUUAAAGCAGAGCUUAACCCGAACUAACUCUCAAACACUGAAGAUUUCUUUUAUCUUGUAUUCUGUUAUAGGCUAGCACGUCUUUGGACUUGUACUGUAUUUAUGUCUUCUUUUUGAUUCUGGUUUAUUUAUUUGUAUAUCAGAGUCUUUGCUGCACUUACAUCCAUGUCUUGUGUUUUUGUC